GCAAGAGACACAUCGUUUCCCCCAAAUCUCACCCCCGGAGCUACUCCCGUUCUUUCGCCAUCGCCAUGGAGGACGCCGCGAACGCCACCCAGACUACCUCCACCACCUCGUCGGUGGCCGCCGUAGCCGCGGCGGCCCAGCACCAGCAGCUCCAGCGCCAGCUCUUUCUCAUGCAGCAGGCUCAGGCUCAGGCGCAGGCCCAGCCCCACCCGCAGGCGCAGCAGCUGUCGCAGCAGGCCAUGUCCCGCUUCCCGUCCAACAUCGACGCCCACCUCCGCCCCCUCGGACCGCACCGCUUCCAGCAGCCGGCGCCGUCGCAGCUCCAAACCCCACCCCAGCCGCACUCGCAGGGGCAGCCGCACCCCCAGCCGUCCCCGCAGCAAGCGGCGCAGGCUAGGGUCCGGAGCCCCGAGGUGGAGAUGGCGCUUCAGGACGCCAUGCGGGUCUGCAACCCGGACAUCAAGACGCCUUUCCAUUCUCUCGAGGACGCUGUUAGCAGGUUAUUGCCUUACCAUGUUGUUGCUGACUACGAGGCUGAAGAAGAUGACAGGAUCCUUGACAGCGACGCAACUGGCCAGAUUCCCUCUCGUCUUCAGCAAUGGGAUCAUAACAUUCUGGUAAAAAUUGCUGAGUUCACAACAACUUUUGAGAAGCAAGUGUUGGCAUACAACAUAAUGACCAAGAAAAGGGCCAUUGGUGAGUUUCGAUCGGAGGAGCGACUCAUGCUAGAGCAAGCUUUGUUACAGGAGGAGAAGCAGGCUUCGAUGGAACUAAGAGCAGAGAUAGAAUCUAGGGAGAAAGCAGGCCGCGAGGCUGCUGAAGCUAAGAUGCGUAUGGCCAUGGCUGAGCAUGCUCGAGUGGAAGCUCAAGCACACCCUGAGGUGAUUGGUCAUGGCCCUUUGAGGGCCAAUGCUGCUGCUUCCCAAGGCGAUGAUGGUCCUAGUCAUGACAUGGCACAACAACAGGUUGAAGAUGGAUGGGAAAACACUCAAAGGGAUGAUGAUGAUCCAUCUGAGGAUUUCCUCAAUGAUGAGAAUGAGCCAGAGAAUGGAAACUCUGAUAUGCAAGAGGAGUGGCGGCGAUCGGGGGAAUUUGAUCUAAACUCUAGGUAAGACUGCGGCGUCGAUGGUGGCAAUCUGAUCUGAACUCUAGGCAAGACAGGUGCACUCGACUUGAGAAAAGUCUUGAGGAUGCAUCGGCUGGUGCCUGGUAACUUGUCUCUAGUUAUCUGAUUAUAUAUGUUUUGAAGAUAACUUGUCCUGUCAUUGUGGCUGUAAACACGCAAUUUAAAACUAGUAUUUCCUCCGACCCAAAAUGUAAGACGUUUUUUGAUACUAUCAGUGUCAAAAAAGUCUUACAUUUUGGGACGGAGGGAGUACUAUUUAGCUUUUUUUUUUGAGAAAACUAGUGCUCCCUCCGUAAACUAAUAUAAGAGCGCUACUCAUGUGUUCAAACAGUGUUUAGAAUGUUGAGUGGCCUCUGUAUGUUGUAAAGCUAACUUCUAAAUGGGCUUCCGCGCAAGAGAA